GCGAGCGCGCGAAGCACUGUAUUGUUACCUCCGUCCGUACUGCCACGGGAAGCUUCCGACUAGACGACGGGCUCAAGCGUGUUUCUUCGCGUUGAGAGAGAGAUCUCUCUCUCUGAAAGCUUCAGAGGGUGUAUUGCAAUUUACACAGAGAGAGAGGUACAACUUGUUCAACUCUGGUUGGCGGGAAUUCGAAAUUCUAGAGAGAGAGUGAGCGAGAGAGAGAGAGAGAGAUGGGGGUGUCAGAGAAUACGAAGGGGCUGAUACUAGCGAUGGCUUCGAGCGCCUUCAUAGGCGCGAGCUUCAUCUUGAAGAAGAAGGGUCUCAAGCGCGCUGGAGCUGCCGGUACUCGAGCAGGAGUUGGUGGUUAUACUUACUUACUAGAGCCACUUUGGUGGGCGGGCAUGAUCACCAUGAUUGGUGGAGAGGUUGCCAAUUUUGUGGCUUAUGUAUAUGCUCCAGCAGUUCUUGUAACCCCACUUGGUGCACUGAGUAUAAUAGUCAGUGCUGUUUUGGCUCACUUCUUGUUGAAGGAACGAAUACAGAAAAUGGGUAUUGUGGGAUGUGUUACCUGCAUCGUGGGAUCAGUGGUAAUCGUGAUCCAUGCACCUCAAGAGCAUACUCUAAAUUCUGUACAGGAAAUCUGGGUUCUGGCGACCCAACCAGCCUUUCUGGUUUACGUUGCUGCUACACUUUCCCUAGUGUUAACUUUGGUUUUGCAUUUUGAACCUCACUAUGGGCAAACAAAUAUACUGGUCUACUUGGGAAUCUGUUCCUUGAUGGGUUCACUUACGGUUGUAAGCAUAAAGGCCAUUGGAAUUGCAAUAAAGCUAACUCUUGAGGGAGUAAGUCAGAUAGCCUAUCCUCAGACUUGGUUUUUUCUGACUGUUGCAGUAAUCUGCGUAGUUACACAGUUGAAUUACCUCAACAAGGCUUUGGAUACAUUCGAUGCAGCAAUUGUUGCCCCAGUAUAUUAUGUGAUGUUCACAACUCUGACCAUUAUUGCUAGUGUAAUAAUGUUCAAGGAUUGGUCUGGUCAGGAUGUAAGCAGCAUAGCCUCUGAAAUAUGUGGAUUCAUCACUGUUCUGUCAGGAACUAUCAUACUCCAUGCAACCAAAAAUGAAGAAUCAUCUACACAAGCAGGAACUGUAACAUGGUACAUUAGAGAUUCAAUGAAGGGUUCUGAAGAUGAACGUUUGCUCACCUUACACAAUUCAGAUUAUCCUGAACCGUAACCCUGCAACAAUCAUCUUGGAGAAUGAAAUCCCCAGCAAUGAAGCUGCACUGCAACAAUCAUUUUGAGUAGGGGGACAGGUUGUAGCAGUGUGUUGGGUGCCAAUAGCCUUCCUUUGAGUUAGUGUUUGUAGUGUUGGGAGCUCCCGGUUUCUUCUGGACAGACCUUGGGGCUAUUAGCAGAUUGCAAAAGUACUUUUUAUGUGCCUUUCUUCACCAGCCAGCGGAUGCAACCCUCAACCGGACGCUCAAAUUAAAUUGUAGUGUGAGGUGUGGCACCACUCUCAAUGCUAAGUUCUGAAUCACCCUCAGCUCAGGAAUGGGGCUGCAGUUCUGUAUCAAUACCAGUGCAUAGAGAUAUUUGUUGUGAUAUUGGCAAUGCUCAAUCUCUCCAUGGCUGCUGAUGGCAUCUGUACAUAUCGACACUCGGCUUCUCGUUCACUAGUUUCAUGUAUGAUUCUUCUUAAUAUCUGAUUCAGUUUGAUUCUUUCUUUUUCUUUCUAGUUUGUAUAUAUUUUUUCUUAUAGAUGUCUUUCUAGUUUGUAUUAGUCCUUUUUUCCUUGGUUAAGAAAAUCUUCAGUUCAUAUUGUCAUUGAUAGAUCAUAGAACACACACAGCUGAGAGGUAUAUUUGCCAAUUAAAUGGGCAAAUACUGCUUGGGAAUUGUAUAUCUUUGUAUUUAACUCUUGAGUUUUUGCUUUUGCUGUCAAUGAAUUCGGUUGGUAUAA